GAAUAGGGGAAGUUGACAGAGCGCAGCGCUUUGCGUGAGUUCAGUGUUUGCAAAUAUAGAGUGAUCUCAACAGACGGACUAGCGGACUCUGAGCAAAGCGACGGCUGCACUGCGUUGCUAUUGCACGAAGAGGACGCUUGCUUGUCACACUUUAUCUUUGAUUCAUCAAGAUAUAUUUUUUUCUGUCUUUUAUUGCCUGAUACUUGGGAUUGCAAUGGAUGUUCUACCAAUGUGCAGCAUAUUUCAGGAACUUCAGAUCGUUCACGAAACUGGCUAUUUCUCUGCAUUGCCAUCGCUUGAAGAAUACUGGCAACAGACCUGUCUGGAGCUGGAGAGAUAUUUGCAGAGCGAGCCGUACGUCUCUGCGUCUGACCUCAAGUUUGAGGGCCAGGAGGAUCUUUGGAGCAAGCUCAUCUUGGCUUGUGGAGAUAAGGGAGAUGGGAACGGCAACCUUCCCAGCGUCAAGGAGGACGACAAUCAGGACUGCCAAAUAUUAGAAACCAACAGCAUGAAUUCGGAUGCCAGCAGCGAGGCGUCUGACAGUUCGGAGGAGCUCUCGCCCACUCACAUCUUUACCUCCAACCCGCUGGGCUCGGUUCUGACGGAGUCAGCGCAUCACUUGAGUUCCUCUAUCAUCAGCACGCCUCCGUCCUCGCCAGAGACGCCCCAGGAGCCCGGCACCCCGCAGGUGUGGGGCUCCACGCAGACUGACUUGCACGUGCCGGUGAAGAACCGGCAAAACGGACUGGGGAAGGCCUCGGAUAAGACUUCCGCAGGAGGGGACGCCUCUCCGGACGGCAGGAGGAGAGUGCACAGGUGUCACUUCAACGGCUGCCGGAAGGUUUACACAAAGAGUUCUCACUUAAAAGCACAUCAGCGGACUCACACAGGUGAGAAGCCGUACAGGUGUUCAUGGGAAGGCUGCGAGUGGCGCUUUGCGAGGAGCGACGAGCUAACCCGACACUUCAGGAAGCACACCGGUGCAAAGCCAUUUAAAUGCAGUCACUGUGACAGGUGUUUCUCCAGGUCAGACCACCUGGCCCUGCACAUGAAGAGGCACCUUUGAGCGGGCCGUAGAUUCACGCUGGGGAUAUGUUGUGUCCUGACCAGCUUCCUGGUUGACCUGGCCCUGCAAGAAAUGGGGGGAGUGUGUUCCAGCCAAAGCAUGCCAUUUUGCACCAUAUCCUGUGCCUCCGUGAGCCCCGGGAUAAAGGCGGACUGACUGGUUGUUGAAACGAAAAAGGAAGGGACAAAAUCAUGUAUGAAGAAUCGAAGAGAGGAGGAUGAUUUAUUAAAAAAAAAGAAAAUGUUUCCAAAAAAACAAAACAAACAAAAAAAAGAGCGAGUGAAUGGUGUGUUGUAUGGUGCAUGAUGUUUCGGGACAACUCCUGGACUAUACACUGGUACUUUAAAACAAAUCCUAAAGAAAGCCUGUUUGACGUGAGCGGAUGAAUGUCCCGUGUGCGAAGAAGGGUGGGAGGGGGGUACCAGUGUAUCGCUGUGGGCUGAAUGGUGUCGGGGAACAAGUUCUGUUUUUGUUUCCACGCGGUAUGCGAGAACCGUGAGUGAAGCCGUGAGACUGAGAACUCCUGCCUGACGCCCCCGGGCUCUGGGAUCGCGGGGGCGUAGUGUCCCCCCGCCCCCAUCUAAAAGGGGGGCGGAAACUCGGUCCUGAAUGAAAGUGGCUUUUUUGGUGUUCGGUGCAGCUACUAAAUGUGCAAUGUGUUCGGUAGCUUGUUAUUUGACAGGCUACAAAAGCUCAUUUGUAGUCCGUUGUAUAAGCUGUGUGCUUAGAGAUGUAACACAAUUAUAACUUCACUAUCAUAAACAGGUGUUGCAUGGUAUUGGGGUUUUGUUUUUUUUUUUUUUUUUUUUUUUUUUUUUUUUUUUUUUUGUAAUUGGGACUGCAAAUAGAUUCCAAUAAAGCGCAGCUAAAUACAAUUGGGUUAAAUGUUACAAUAUUGUACAUAAACGCAUUGAUCAUUCUUCACUCUAAAAUUCCCUUCCCUUCUUUCCGGUGGAGGGAAGAAUCCUUUCAAUCAGUGGCCAUUUCAUACAAGAUCUUAAAAAAGCGAAAUUCUCUCUUUCUAUCUCCAUUUUACCUGUUGUUAAUGCACUGUUGGCCUUAAUGGUGCCUUAUGCAAGUGACCUUUCCCAUUGGGGGUCACAAAAUGUCUUGUAUAAGUGAUUGAAAAAGCUUUAUUAAGGCUCUGUUUCACCUGAACAUGCACCUUUCAUAUUUCUGAGGCCACUGUAACCAAGCCCUUGUAGAUAUAUUGUUAUUCUUGAGCAUGCGAUUUCAUUCGUUGUCACUAAUAUGUUGUCAAAUCUGCAAUGUAGAGCACUUAAACUUACGGAUUUGGUUUCUACUGAACGUUUCGAAUAGACGCAAGAUCUCUAUCUGUGGAGGUGUGUGCAAAGACAAAACGCUCUUAAAGUGCAAAAACAGGCUGUUGUGUAAUACGAGGCUUGUGGAAUGCCAACCCCCCCUGUCCCCUGUAACCAAGAAUAAAGGAAAAAACGCCUAAAGAUUUAUUGUAAUUAACAAGCUGCAGUCAGACAGGCCUUGCCUUGUACUGCCUCUCUGUAAUGAAUUGCUGAAGGCCCUGCCUGCUACAGACUGCUGACUCGGGCAGUUCGAUAUUGACCUGUCUGGAUGCCGUUGUUUUAGUCCAGCGACAGUAUUGUGGAAACAGUGCACAGCCAUCCAGAAAGAUAAAGAUAUAUCACCCGCCUUUUCAACAUUUACAAUGGAAAUUUACGGACGCCGUCGAACGCCGCAUGGUUGGCUGCGUGCGUUUCUUUUGCUAUCUGAAAUGUUUUCAGGGACCAAACGAUUGAUUAAAUUUAUUGUACAUAGUUAUAUGCUUGAAUUAUUCGAGUGUUGGGCUUUGCUAAGCGCCAUGCUCCGGUUUCUUGAGCGAUGGAGGUUUGACACUGUUGCAUGUCGAGCAGCUACGUAGAUACGGAUUGUUUUGGUGGGAGAAAAGUAACUUGAAGCAGCUUGCGCUGCCAUUAAAUCAGACCAGCCAGGGUUUUGUGGGCAAAGAACAUUGCGUCUUUCCAACAGUGGCCAAUAUUAGUCAAGUUGUAAUGGAGCCUUAAUCAAGUUUUCCAUUUGCUUGCUUCAACCAACACUUUCUAUCACUUAUCUUUUCUCUCAUGAAUCCCUCUUGUCUAAAGAAUAUUUGUACAAAAGAAUAAAAACACAAAAGUUAGGAUGAAAAAUACAAAAAAAAAAAAAAAACAUUUUCUAAGAUUUUUAUUUGUUUUUUGCUUUAUAUGAAUUUUAUUUGAAAUUGUUUUGCAAAAUUGUUAUAUUUCUGUAUGAAUGUAUUUUUUUAUUGGAAUAAUAAGAAAUUCUUAUCGGACAAGUUUGA